GUACACAAUAAAAAUGAACAAAGAUAAAGAAUUCAAAGUAAACGCGGAUGUUGAUAAAGCGUCUGAUACCAGCAGGAAAAGACGCGAAAGACGCACAUUUUUGGCGGCUGAUACGGAAGUCGACUUAGAAUUUAUGGAAUUAGAAAUUAGAAAAUAUUGUCCGAAGAGAAUUUUUGAUAUCAUAGUAAUAAAUGGGGAGGAUAGUGCCUCACAAGAGCAAAUGAUAAAAAUCAUAGAUUCCUUCAGAAAAUACGAAGAUACCUCCAGUGUGACUUUUAUAAAGUAUUCUGAAGUUAUUGGCUUGAUCGAAAAAUUCGAUUACAGUAUAAUACCACUUGAAGUGAGACCAAUAUUAGAAACGGUUCUGGAAGAAACAAGGCUGUAUGUUAGUAUUAAGAAAAUUGAUAAGAUAUCUACCCUUAAAAUGGCUAUAUUGAUGAAGAUCAAAUUAAUGGAAGUUAUGAUUAAGCAUUACAAAAGAGAAUUAGAUAAAAUGAAAACAAGAAAAGUCUUAGUCGAAGAACUAGAUAACUUGACCAAAAUUGAUCGAAAAAAUGUUCUUAGCAGAAGAGAGAGCAUUAAAAGGAAUAAAGUGGUUGUAGAAUCCAAUGGAUUGGAAAAUUUAGAUACAGAAAGCGAUGUUAUUUUUGACGAUGAUAUUUAUAAUCAUGUGUGGUUCUACGCCUUCGAGGGAAUUUACAAUUCUAAAGUAUUAAGUAUGCUAUUAUCCGGCAAAGUACCUAUCACAGCCAUUAUAAAAGUUGAUUCCCUAGUACACGAAUAUAUCUCACCUGAAUCGAUACACGCGAAGUUUUGGUCGGAAAUGGACGAUUUACUAUUUUCUCACAAUCGUUCAGAAAUUUUUGAAAAUACAAUGCUAAUGCAGUUUACAAUGAAAGGAGAAGAAGAUCAAGAUACAUUCCAAGAUUUUCUGCAUACUGUUAAAUACAUUUCUGAAAUAAAAUUUCAACAUUUGAAUUACAUUCGCCACAUACAAAUUUACGGAAUGGAUCAUUUUACGACCCAUGUACCUCUCCACUGUAUGCAUACGUACAACAAGCUAGUAUCUAAUAUACCUUUGGAGCUUGUUUCGGAAGUUGUGGUUUUGAGUAGCGUAUUAGAAGAAAUCUGUGUUCAAAUGGACGGUGAUAACAUUAACGAUAAAUACAGUAUUCCAGAUUUACCUAGAACUGCACCAGUUGGUUCACGUGCGAAUUGUCCUGACCUUCAUCUGGUUAAUCAGAUUCAGUCUGGACCACAAAAAAAUUUUACUAACGUCAAGACGCCCAUUAAUUUUCAAUGUUAUCAUAAAGAUGUCCUCAGUAGAAUAUUAAAUAUGUAUAAGCCAUCUGGUAAAUUGGUUUAUGAUCUAUCUCUAAACGUGUUGAAGUGCAUCCAUCCUUUUAAUUUAUUGGAUGAUAUGAUGAUUUGUGAAGCAAACAAUGCAACGCAUAAACAUGACGUUGAUCCGACCACUAAACUUUCGGAAAAGGGAAAUGUGGAGGUGUUCAAUCAUUUUUUGAAUCUCUUUGUUUUUUGUACCUUCCAAUACACUGAAAAACUGGAAGAAUCACCAGAAAAAGAAAAGUUUACGGAAAACCUUUUAACUUACGAUCAUGUAGCGUUUUGCAAUAACUUACGACCAAAGCUCGAACAAAAAGUAAAAAGAGAUUCAGAAUUAUACUUUGAUUUGUCAUACAACAUUAACCCAAUGGAUUUUUAUUGGAAGGAGAGCUAUCCGUCUUUUAUUCUGAUGCAAGAAAUUCUCAAAACUCAAAACUAUUAUUCAUAUGUAGACACUACCUACUGUCCCGAAACUGACAGGGUCUUAGUUCAAUUUUGUGACUGGUUAGACGAAUUUGGUUUGAACACUAGAAUUUACCAUGAAACGCUCUUAACUCCUGUGUGCUUAAGAGAUUUUUGCAGAUACACCGCUAACGAAAUAUCCAAUUGGAUAAAAGACAAUCCACCUCCGAAGUAUGUGAGAAAAAGCGAACAGGCUGAAAUCUGUAAGGGAGCGAGAAAACUGAAAAAUGUCGAUAUGUUCGAGGAAUAUCGUUAUUUACUAGAAACUGAAAGUAUGCCAAAUACAGCAAGCAAUACAUCUCAUUUUCCAGGCAACGAUGAUCUAACUUGUGAAGUUACUUUUGAUGAAAUGAUGAACGAGCUGGAGACAUACCCACAAAAUACGAAAUUGAAGGAAGAAUAUAUGAAACAGGCAUAUUCCAAGGAUUUCCUAGCUUAUGAUUUUGGAACGAAAUAUUUCGCACUAAGAGGUGCCAGGACGAUAUUCGUUAGCCAUGACGGUGUAAAAAUUCAUGUUGAAAAUUGCAAGUUUCUUGACGAAAACGACAAGUGUACCGUGUCUUUGCAGUAUGGAGAUAAUACUUUGACAUUACAUUCGUCUGAGAAUUUUAGAACUUUUUAUUCGUGCCAUUGGAUUUUAGCAGAUGAAACAAUCGUUGUAUUUGAAAUACAGAAAAAACGUCCGAAAGUAGCUCGAAUUGAUCCCGACCUUGACGCACAUGACGACAAGUUAGAUAUAGUUCCAACUGAUCAUAAGUCAAAAAUUGAUAUAAGUAAAAUUAAAAUAAGACAUAAAGAUACAAGUGUGGAUAGCGAGUCGCACGAUUCCAGAAAGAAAGAAUUUGUUGUCGACAAAACUAUGAAUUUAUAUGAAGGAGUAUGCGAGGCAAUAGAACACAAUUGUCCCAUAUACAAAGUUAAUAAAGGAUAUCAAACUUUAAAGCCGAUAAAACCAAUUGAAGAAAUACCUAUAGCGACCGUGCUGCAUAGAAUAUUACAAAACGUUAAAACAAAUUUGGGCGAUGAAGGUGAGACUGGUCAAGCCAGAACAAAAAGAUAUGUACCAAUUCGGGCUCCGAAUGUCAGUCUUCCAAUGAUUGAAAGUGCAAUAUUUCGUAUUACUCUACCCAAUGGCAUUCAUGUAACGUGUUAUCCGUCUCUGGUUAAAGAAACAUUGAUAGAGGUGAAACAAGAAUUGUUAUCUCCACAUAUUGAAGCUAUAAAAAGUGAGGAAUUUAGAUUGUUUACUAGAGAAGGCUAUAUUCUGAUAAAGAAAAUAGACGGCUGUAUAACUAUUUUGAUGUCUAAUGGAAACAAAAUAGAUUUUGAUAAACCAAAUACUGAAAAAGAAUCAAUUAAAUCCUCAAAUCUUAAACCUGUUCAUUGUAAAACAGUAAACGAUUACAGAAAAAGACUAAACAAACUUAUGAAAGAUACUGGGAAAACCAAUGACGAUUAUUACAUUAGCAGACGUGGUGUUCUGGAAACAAAAAGAGGUUACAUAAUAAAUCAAGAAUUUAUAAAAAUUUUGGAAAGUACUAAACUACCAUAUUUAAAAACCAGCUUGUUGAAUUUUGACGGGACAAAAAUAGUACUAGAAGGCAAUAAAAUUAGUCAAAAGAAAUUGUUCUAUACGAUAUCUGAAAAUGAUUUUUGCGAAGAGGAGAUCUAUUAUGAAAGAAAAGAUGGAUUCAAAUGUAUCUUACAUAGAACAGCAACCAAAACUGUUCAAUAUCCAGAUGGGACUAGAAUUACAACCAAUGUAUUAGUAGCAACCGAACUUGUAGACGGAUACGUGUAUAUCAGUUUGUUUUACAAGUACGAACAUCCUCACUACGCUACUGUUUCUUACAGUGAUGGUGAUCUCUUACAAGUAAUAUUAGACAAUUUAGUGAUUGAGAAAUCCAAAGAUAACUUGUGUACUCUACGAAUCGAUCCUGAGGCUAAAUGUACCAUUGAUACCGAAUGCGUUACAUUCGAAAAAACUUGUAAGAAAUGCUGUCUUCCAUUCAAGUGCACAUUCGAUAUUAGCCCUUUUCACAACAACUUUUUUGAAUUUGCGAAACAAUUCGUUCAUGCUGAAGAUAGUUACUUGAAACACUUUUUCGUGGAUUAUUCUGGUAUCUGUAGAGUAAACAGAAACUACAUUGUAGGACCGGUGAACGCUUCUGACUGUAAUCAUGUUGAAAGUAACGCGUACAAAAAAUUAUACGCUAUCAAAAAAACAAUGUCCGGAGAAGAAUUUUUCACCGAUAAUAUGGUUAACAGUUAUAUAGAGCAGCACCGUGAAAAAGAAAACAUUACUGUAGUUAAAACUGGAAAGGCCCAGCCCAUAAUAAGAUUCCAAUACAAUUAUUAUCAACCUUUUACAGAACGUUUGUUAACUAAAUCCGUGAUAAAUAAUCCCAUAACUUUGACGAAAUAUAAUACAAAACUGGAAAAAAAUUUGUAUUAUAGUACUAUAAAAGUACUGAGCGAAAUUAUCAACGCAAAAAAGAUACAAAUUUUGCUCUCUUUUCUAAUCCAACAACUCUACCAAAUAGACAUUGAUGACAACACCCUAAAGCUCAUUCAGUGGCUUGCAGACAAAAAAGAAGACGAAGCGGAAUUGAAAAGGCUGGAAUCGGAAAUGAAAAAAGAAAAUUUAAAGGCCGAACAAGCGAAAUAUUGUAUAUGUAUAAAAGAUAAAAGAACAUUCGCUAGAAAAAUUAUGCAAUGGGGAGAAGAGUUCAAGAGGCUCAAAAAAAUAUUGAAGGAAGGAAAAAUACCAAUGUAUUUUGAUUCUGAAUUUUGUCAAAAAAUUAAGAGAAGAUAA